CUCUUAGAGUCGGCUCAUUCGCGAACGACCCAUCACUAUUGUCGUUGAAUAAUUUCUUCUACGCGGAGUUUAAAAGAUCAGGGCACAGUAAACUACUACUUUCAGCAAAAUAUCAGACUUGUCUGAAAUCAUGGAUAUGAAGAAGGACUCUCCUGCUGAAGAGUGUCGCUGUGAGAGCAGAGAGGAGGGAGGUGCACCAUGUUCCAGUUGUGUGUCUAUAAAGACUACAAAUUCAAUGGAUCCACCAAAUACCUUCAGAACUGGAGCUGUGAAUCCUGGAGCCAUAAAAGCAUCUGAAUUCCUGGAUAUGGAGGAGGACUCUCCUGCUGAAGAGUGUCGCUGUGAGAGCAGAGAGGAGGGAGGUGCACCAUGUCCCAGUUGUGUGUCUAUAAAGACUACAAAUUCAAUGGAUCUACCAAAUACCUUCAGAACUGGAGCUGUGAAUCCUGGAGCCAUAAAAGCAUCUGAAAUCAUGGAUAUAGAGGAGGACUCUCCUGCUAAAGAGUGUCGCUAUGAGAGCAGAGAGAAGACAACUAAUUCAUUGGAUCAAACCACUAAUUUCAGAACUGGAGCUGUGAAUCGUGAAGCCACUGGGGAAAAUGAAGACGCCAUUAAAACAGUCAUAGCCACUCACAAAACCAGAAUGAAGAACAAGUAUGAGCGCUUAUUUGAGGGAAUCAAACUACAAGAGAAUGAAACCCUCCUGAACAGUAUCUACACACAGCUCUACAUCAUUGAGGGAGAGAGAGAAGGGGUGAAUGAAGAACAUGAGGUUUUACAGAUGGAGAAAACAACCAGAACACAAGACACUCCAAUCUGCUGCAGGGACAUCUUUAAACCCUCACCUAAACCAGGAGGAGAGGAAAAAGACCAAAUAAAGACUGUUCUUACUAAAGGCAUCGCUGGAAUUGGAAAAACCGUCUCUGUGCAGAAGUUCAUUCUGGACUGGGCCGAGGGAAAGGCCAAUCAAGAUGUAGAUUUCAUGUUUGUGCUUCCAUUUAGAGAGCUGAACUUGAUUAAAGAUGAUGAGUACAGUCUUCACAGACUUCUGCUGGACUUUCAUCCUGAACUUCAAGAUCUGGACUCACAGAUUUAUGAGGAGUGUGAAGUUGUGUUCAUCUUUGAUGGUCUGGACGAAAGCAGAAUCACACUGAUGUUUUCAGAUGCUCAGAAAGUUUGUGAUGUGAAUGAGACUUCAUCAGUGGAUGUGUUGAUGUCAAACCUCAUCAGAGGAGAUCUGCUCCCCUCUGCUCUCAUCUGGAUCACCUCCAGACCAGCAGCAGCCAAUGAGAUCCCCUCUGAAUACAUCAGCCGUCUCACAGAAAUCCAAGGAUUCAAUGAUCCUCAGAAGGAGGAAUAUUUCAGGAAGAGAAUAAGUGACCAGGAUCAAGCCAACACGAUCAUCUCACACAUCAGAAAAGCAAGAAGCCUCCACAUCAUGUGCCACAUCCCCGUCUUCUGCUGGAUCUCAUCCACUGUGCUUCAGAAUAUCCUGAAACAAGAUAUCAAUUCAAAAAUCCCUCAAACUCUGACUGAAAUGUACAUCCACUUCCUGCUGAUUCAGAUCAACAUGAGGACUCAGAAGUAUGAAGAGAGCAAUCCAGAGAAACUCCUGCAAUCUAACAGAGAAGUGAUUGUGAAACUUGCUGAAGUGGCUUACAAUCAGCUGAUGAAGGGCAAUGUGAUGUUCUAUGAAGAGGACCUGAUUGAGAGCGGCAUAGACGUCACUGAAGCAUCAGUGUAUUCUGGGAUUUGCACUCAGAUCUUUAAAGAGGAAUCUGUGAUUCAUCAGAGGAAAGUCUACAGCUUCAUUCAUCUCAGCUUUCAGGAGUUUCUGGCAGCUCUCUAUGUGUUUUACUGCCACAUACACAACAAGAAGGAAGUACUGAAGACAUUUUACAUAUCCGAGCAAUUAUCAUUGUUCAUGCUGCUUAAAGCAGCAGUUGAUAAAUCAUUGCAGACUGGACGCUUGGAUCUUUUCCUCCGCUUCCUGCUGGGCAUCUCACUGGAGUCCAAUCACAUACUCUUACAGGAUCUACUGAGUUACAGAGAGAACAAUGUAGGGUCCAUGUAUUUAAUGGCAACGUAUAUUAAAGAUAGAAUUGUUGGUGAUGAACAACUGUCAGCUGAUAAAUCUAUCAAUCUCUUCCUCUGUCUGCUGGAACUGAAUAAUCAGACGCUCUACAGAGAGAUUCAGAGCUUUGUGAAUUCAGAUAAACUCUCAUGGACGAAACUCUCUCUCCCUCACUGCUCAGCAGUAGCCUACAUGCUUCAGAUGUCAGAUGAGGUGCUGGACGAACUGAACCUCAAGAAAUUUAACACAUCAGAUGAAGGCAGAAGGAGACUGAUACCAGCUGGGAGAAACUGCAGAAAAGCCCUAUUGUCAGAUUGUAAUCUCACUGAUCAGUGUUGUGAAAGUGUGGCUACAGCGCUACAAAUAAAUAACUCAUUGACAGAGCUCGACCUGAGUAACAAUGACAUGAAAGAUUCAGGAGGGAAGCUCCUCUUUGAUGCACUGAAGAGUCAGUGUCAACUAGAAAUAUUGAGAUUGUCCAUCUGUAAUUUCACUGAUCAGUGUUGUGAAAGUCUGGCUUCAGCACUUCAAUCAUCAAACUCCUGUCUAAAGGAGCUGGACCUGAAUAACAAUGACUUGAAAGAUUCAGGAGUGAAGCUGAUCGCUGAUGCACUGAAGAGUCCAAACUGUAAACUGGAGAAGCUGAGUUUAUCUGGCUGUAUGGUGACAAAGGAUGGCUGCUCUCAUCUGGCUUCAGCUCUGAGUUUAAAAUCCUCCCAUUUGAGAGAGCUGGAUCUGAGCUACAAUCACCCUGGAGAUUCAGUUCUCAUUUCUAGAAAGGAGGAUCCAAACUGCAAACUGGAAAAACUUUGUCUGGAUCACGGAGGAGAGAACAUGAUUAAAGCAGGACUACAAAAAUAUUUCUGUGAUCUCACACUGGAUCCAAACACAGUACACAAUCGUCUCGCUGUUGUAGAGGGCAACAAGAAGUUGAUUUGUAAUCCAGAUCCAAUGAUAUAUCCUGAUAAUCCAGAGAGAUUUGACGGCCUUCCGCAGGUUCUGUGUAAAGAGCGUCUGUCUGGACGCUGUUACUGGGAGGCUGAAUGGAGCGGGUUGGGUGAUAUGGUCGUGUCAUAUGAAGGAAUCGGCAGGAAAGGAGAAGGUUUUGAAAGCAGGUUUGGAGCCAAUGACAAAUCCUGGAUUCUGAGCUGCUUCGGGGAGAAACUGAUUGCCUGGCAUGAUAAUAGGGGAACACACAUUCCUCCCCCAGCACCUCCCUUAAACAAAGUAGGAGUGUAUGUGGACGAGCCGGCCGGCAUUCUGUCCUUCUACAGCAUCUCUGACACAAACACUCUCAGACACUUAUACACAUUCAACACCACAUUCACUGAACCUAUCUAUGCUGGAUUUGUGCUUUAUACUAAUUCAGUGUCUCUCUGUGAUGUUACAAAAACAGGAUGAGUAAUUUAAAUUCACCAGGAGAUCUACAGUGGCCCCAAAAAUAUUUGCACUCUUUAAACACAACUAAUAAUAUCAAAACAAGUGCCUUUUAUUUUAUCAGAGUGUCUAUUUACACUAAGUGCAAAUAUCUCGCCUUGUUGGCAGAAGCUAUUAACACUAACUCCGCCCAUUAACGUAUGCUUGGGAUAGUCAACACUACAAAAGACGGCUGUCAAAUAACAGCAUCAGUGGCGUAAGUGGUAAAAUGCAUAGUGCAGACUUUUUGAUGCAAUCGACCCGAGUUCGAAUCCACCUUUUGCCGAACUCAUUCUUGACACUUUUUCACAUCUUAUGUUACAUCGGAAAGGCAUUUUCAAUAAAAAUUAAGGAAAAUAAUCAAAAAGUUGAAAAUGAAGUAUCGGGUAGGGUUAGGGUAGGUGUAGGGAGCUGCUUUAUUGUCCCAAUAAGUCAGGAUCCAUUUAAUAAUUUGAAU